GAUAUGGAAGCACUGAGAUUCAGCGGCAGCGGCAAAAAAUUGGAACUGGUCGAUAUUCCCGUUCCGAGGAUCACGGAUCCCGAUCAGGUGCUAAUCAAGGUCGCUUUCGCGGGGAUAUGCGGCACGGAUCUGCACAUUAUCGCCGGAGAGUUUCCUUGCAGCGCGCAAACCGUCACUUUGGGUCACGAAUUUUCCGGAACGGUUGUCGACGUCGGAUCAGACGUUGUGAAUGUGAAAAAGGGAGACAGGGUGUCGGUGGAUCCCAACGACGGUUGCAGAUGUUGCGACCACUGCCACAACGGUCAUCCGCAUUAUUGCAAAGUGGGAGGAAUCCAAAACACGAUCGGCAUUUAUAGAAACGGCGGAUGGGCGACUUACGCGGUCAUUCCCGCUCAUACUGUGACCAAAUUGCCGGAUUCACUAACGUUAGAGCAGGGGGCGCUGACCGAGCCAAUGUCAUGCCUAUCGCACGGAUGGGACUUGCUCGUGCCAGUACCGGUAGGAGCGAGGAUCCUCGUGAUGGGCGCUGGCAUUAUCGGCAACCUUUGGGUAUCCGUCUUGCAUCUGCAGGGACACAAAAAGGUGACGGUUUCUGAGCCGACCCCCAGCAGGUUAAAGAUUACCGAGAGGUUGGACACAGGUUACGAUUUGAUUACGCCGGAUCAGCUGAAGAAAAACCAACAAGCCGAUCCGGAUUACCUUUUCGACGUCAUCAUCGAUUGUAGCGGAUUCUGCCCUGCGAUCGAGCACGCUAUCAGUUUGCUCGAUAUGGGCGGCAGGUUGUGCUGCUUUGGUGUGGCGCCACCUCACGGCAGAAUCAGUGUCUCGCCGUAUCAGCUUUACGCGAAAGAAGCCAAGAUCUUCGCCAUCAACGUGAACCCGUAUAGCUUCGUGAAAGCCGUGGGAUUCAUGGAAGCGAUGGGCAGCAGGUAUUUGGACUACGAGAAGUUGGGCAUUAAAGUUUUCAAGUUGCAAGAUUACCAGGAAGCCAUGGAGCUACUAAAAAAGGGAACCAUCGCCAAGGCCGUUUUUAGGUUGUAAUUUCCA